AUGCCGCUGUUUGAGGAGGACCCUGCUCAUCUAUCCAAAGCCAGACUGAAGUCAGAUCUAAUUGCCCACAAUGUCGCGCUGCCACCUACAAAGAGUAAAAAGGAGGUGUAUGUAGAGUUACACUCAAAACACAUCGAUCUAAAACACGCAGGGGAUUUCUCUAGCGAUGAGGAGGAUCAAGUGCAAGAUGUGGAAGUAAGUCGAUCAAAUUUUAGAUGAUUUUUCGCUCGAGCAAUUUUCUUUUAAUAUUGACUUUUUUCAGAGUUAAACACGUUGUGCCCUCAACCUCAAUCACGACUUGCACAUUCAUUACGAGGUAGUCAGCUUAAUUUGAAAUAGCAGUUUUGACAGGAAAACGUUUUCCCACUGAGCUGUUUGUCAUGUUUGAGAAAUGAUCUCCCAAAUGAAGUUUGACAUCAUAACAAAUGUUGUUGUUGGUAAAGACUUGUCAAGAAUGCCUUAAGGGACAUCAAGAGUUUUAUUAAGUGUGACUGAUCGGUUUGCAUGGCAACAAUAAUUGGAAAGAUUGGUUAUAAUUACUCUGGUGCUUAUCAAGAUCAGCAGCUGAGUUGGGGAGGAGGGGUACAUUUAGGUCAAACAGCCCUCUCAACUUUGCUGUUGCAUUUGAGGUCUUGAGUCACCAGCUGUAUAGUUGGUAUAGAUUUACAUGGGCCAUUUCUGUAGUUGGCGGCUACCAUCACAGUCCUGUGCAUGUGCUUGCAACACCUGUUGCUCUCAUUUACAAGCGCAAGGUCUGGAGCUGUUUCUAUGGUGUCUACUAAAGGUUUGAAAGACACUUUGUUUGCACAGACUACUAUGUCUUGCACCAUACAGACAACUGCACUAUUGCACUAUUGAUUGCCCAUUAUGUCUUUGUAGUGUAAGUUGUAAGUUGAAUAAACAAGUCAAUAUAUUUGAUUGGGAACUUUUUCUGGUUGCUAAGAAAAUUAACUGGGACUUUCUUUAUUUUUAAACUAUAAUAUUAAAUUUUGUCGUCAUGAAUCAGAAAAUAAUGAGUAAAACAAACUUACUAACUUCCUCCCUUGUACAAAUGACCACAUAGGUUGUGAAUAUGCAUGUGUGUUAAUAGGGGCAGGAGAAAGAAUCGAUUCACAGAAGUAUUGCGAUUUUUUGUUUGACAAUUUUUAAAUCGAUUUUUAUGAUCAAAAAUCUUUUUUUUUUUUGUUUGUUUCAAAUUCAAGAAUAAAUCUUAAAAACUGACUAAAUAUCGAGAAAAUCGACAAUAUCGCAGAAUCGUAAUUUAAAUCGAAUUGGCAUCCAAAAAAAUCAUAGGAUAGAAUUGGGAGAAAAGCAUAUUGUACCAAACUAUUCUAACAUUUUAAACUUGACAGUCUAGGAACUCUGACUGUCAUUUUUUUUAAAUGUAUUUUGUCAUUUCAUCAACUUAACCACUCAUUAACAAGUCCCAAUAAAUGAAUGAUGAUAAUAAAGAAUAAAGUAUCACGCUGAUUAUGCUGGAUGCAGCCCUAAUGAUAUCGACACACACUCAAAAAGGGUCAUUAAAGCUUGUGGCAGUAUAACCGUAAACUUAAAAAUACAGCCUCCUCUCAAAGUCUCUUUCCCCCUCUGACAUAUUUUCAAAAAUGUACAUCCCCAAGCAGCAAACUCUUGCAAUUUAGGCUGCGUCAUCUGUCUAUAUGAAAUUAUUUUCUUUUUUUUUAAGGACAAGGAUCCAGAGGAUGCGGGGAUCCCUGACCCAAGGGACUUGACCGAUGAUGACCUCAAGGCUGCACUGCUCAAACACGGGUUCAAACCUGGACCCAUAGUUGGUAAAGUUGCAUUCUCAAUAGUCCUAAAACUGAUUUCCACCAUAUGUCAUCUUAGUCAUCAUUCUAAGUUUUUUUUAUUAAUAUGAAUAAUGUCGUUAAUAUGUCUGUCUAUGUCAGGCACUACCAGGGCCUUGUAUGAGAAAAAGCUCAGGGCACUGCUUCAGUCCGACGGGCACAGCGCUCUGAAUGGAACAGAGAAAGGUGUACUGUACUCUGACAGCGAAGAAGAGGAGGAAAAUGAGGAAGAUCAAGACAGAGAGUCAGGUAGUCUGUGUGUUUCUUUAUAUAUUUUGUAUUUUUUUGCUUCACAUCAAAUAAUCAUCUGCUUUCAUAUUAUUUCCUGUGAUUUUUACAGAAUCUGAAGGAGAACAAGAGGAAACAGUGGAACAGUCUGAGCAGGCCCAACAAGAGAGUGUCCCGGUGAGAAAAUGAAAGCAGCUCUUUGUUGAAGCGGGUUUUGAAUUGAUGUAGUUUUUAUAGUUCCUUGAAAGAUCAGAAAACAUGGUGCUCAUAAUACCUGGUAUAAUACCGUUAGAAGAACUUGCAGUUUUGCUGUCACCAGCUGUAUCAAAUUUAUCUUCCCUAUAGUGCCACUUAGUGGUGUCGGCUUGAAACUGUACCCUAAGGUUCUUGUCCACUUGUUGAAAAUGCGCUUGUAUUUUCAUGUUUUACAUUUGUUGUUGUUUUUUUCUCCCUGUAACUUCACACAGGUAAAGACUUAUUUUCAGAAAGGUGGUUUUGUUUACCCACAGUGCUUUUUGCCAUCAUCAAGGCUGGUAAAAACAACAGAUUUUUCAAUUUUAAGUAUUGAAGAAAAAAAGAAAAACUGUCAAAAUAAUAGAGCAGACGCUGAUUUUAUUUUUGUCCCGAUUUGCCCUCUGUAGCGGGCUCAGGCUUCCAGAAACAGGGAACCUGCUCCCAAGUGGAAUUCAGGGAAUGCACUAAAAACAUCAGAGCGGAGUCAGUCUCAGUGCUCACAGAUUCCUGCAGGAAUAAGUCGAGCAUCGUCUGUAGAUCAACUCUCAGGAUUAGGAUCAGGGGUAGGCUGGCCUUAUUCCUCUCCUCUUGCUGCUUUUAAAUUCUCUGCAUUCCUCUUGCUUAAAAGUGAGUGGUUCCCAGCCUUUUUUUUUAACUGGGUUAACCCUGCAGUCCAUUUAGCUGAGUUAACCAUUUCAACAAAGCCACCUUUAUCUACCACAUGUAUAACACAACAUGCAUGAAAGGGCAUACUUGAAGAAUAAUUUCAUUUAGAAGAAGAAGCAGAAGGUAUGGUGAAUACACAUAAGACACUUUAUGCACAAGCUCGGUGUUACAGCUGUUUUAUUCUAAUUCUUUUAUUUCACAAACUGUUAACAACUAAAUAUUUCAGACUUUAAGCUGUACAAUUUGACUAUUUAUUAAAUUCCUUAGGACAGUAUUUCAACUUGAAAGUAUCAGCUACCAUCCAGUACUUGUAGCUUUCUUAAAUUUGAUGCUUUUUUUAAUGUUAGCUAACUGUCCUAAGCAUUUAUCCAGUACUUUUGGUGAUUAGUAAAUAAGUUUUAGCUACUUACGUUUUCUUGUGAGCUUGAUAGCACACAUUGCUGUAUAACAGAAACAAAUGUGGCAUAAUCAAUGGAUAGUUUCCUAAAAGCACCUUACAAUCCAAUUUUUGCAAAUGCAGUGUCACAUCAUAUGGUACAAUCACUCCUGGUUUGGUAUCACUCUAUUUUCCAGCGUUCUUUUAUUACCACUAAUGCGGUUGUUUUGAUUUUUAUAGAGAUGGGUUUUAGAAUAUCACUGGUGUUUAAAUAGUUUAAUAAAUAAUCCAUGUAUAUGCUCAUGCUAAUAUGAUAAUAUACUGAUAUUUGCAGGUAUCGUCUGUGUCACAACCAGUUCAGCUCAACAGCUUUUCCUCUCAGACCUUCAGCAUCACACAAAUGGUUGAGGAGGAAAGUUAAUCCCAUUUUACAAACCUGUCUUUCACAUAUUAAAAAAAAUGGCACCAGCAUUUUAAUGUUCUUUUUUCACUUAUCACCGGUGCAUUGCUCCGGUGGUCGUGACCAUUUGACUUAUGAACAACAGAUGGAGAGUCAAGCGUUGCUCUCUGCAAGCACCGGCAGUGAGAGAGGGCUGAAUGGGAGCAAUGUGCCUGAUCAUUGGUCACAGCCCAGCAGGGUUAGUAGUACUCACAUUGUUCAGUUACACUUAAAUGUAAGUGGUGGUUUAAGUGGAAAGAGUACACUUAAGGUGGAAAUACAGCAGAAAUCCCUGUAUGUCACGAUCUGUUGCUUUUCCUCUAUAGCUGGACAUGCCAAUUCAAGACAAGUACCACAUGAAGAAUCAGACCCCGUACUUCACACCAAAGAGUUCUCCUUAUAAAAGAGGAAUGAAGGCGCAUAAAGUAUUUCUACUGUUUUAUUUCAUUCACUUUAUGGGUGUGUUUACUUUGCCUGCAAAAACACGCUUUGCAAGGUGCUACUCCUUUUGAAUUUCGGUGUAACUAUAAGACACCAAACCUGGAAUAUUUAGCAUGGUAUUUGCUUACUUUCAUAUUUUGCUUUCAUGUGUCAGAUCUCUGCUGAAGACAUAAACAACCAGUCUUUUCUUUUGUUCCCACCUCAGUUGCCGAGCCUUCAUUUCUGUUGGACUCAUCUGCCUGGGACAUUUUCUGCUUUUUCUAUUUUAAUUGUGUGUUCUCUUCUAGCUUCCUCAUGAGCCUUUGAAAGAAUCAUACAAGGAUAUGUUUCCAGAUGCAGUGACAACACCAACAGGGAUCUAGUAAGUUCCAUACCAGUAUAAAAUAAUACAAUAAAAUGAUACAGAAAUAUAAAAACACGCAACAAUUUCAACUCAGUGUUAGGAGUAAUAUUGACAUUGCAUGAAAUACCAUUUUGUAUUUCAGCGCCUCUUGUCGGAAACCAAUCAAGGGUGCAGCAGGGAGACCUAUCCAGUUUGCCUACCCAGACACCCCCCUCAGUCCCACAACUCUGGAAAGACAAGAAGUGGAACGCCGCCUCGUGCCCAUCCAGAUACAACUUGUGGUCUUCCUUAUUGUGGCGUGCCUUCUUUACCUCAUUUAUGUUUCUGCCGAGGACAACUCAUUCAGCCCAAUCUUAGCCCUACUGGACAGUCUAAGUGAUGAAGAGCGUUCGCUACAGGCUGAGACACAGGAUACAGCACCACUUUCCGGACAGGAGUAG